AGACUCGUUUGCUCUACCAUCAACAACUGGAGGCUCUCUCGUAUCGACACCUGCGGCAUGAAGGCUGUGAAAAAGUACCUGCCGUGGGGGAAGAAGGUCAAACGGAAAUCGCAAGAAGGGUCCGACGAGCCCUUGCUGUUCGACGAGCUGGGGCGACUGGAUCCCUUCCUGGGCAUCAGUGAGAGCGCAUCGCACCGAUCGUUCUCAUCCUCCACUUCCUUUCAUGCACACGACGACUUGACCUCGUCUCCCUGGACAGAGCGCCCUUUGGAGACGCACAGUCACCCGGGCCCUUUCCACAUCUACGAGGGGUACGGCACUCAGCCUUUGUCCUCCUCGAAGCAGGCCUCCAGCCCUUACUUGGACGAGCAAGCGUCGACGGCUGAUACAGAGGUCGAGGGCCCGUACGAGGGCUCAUCGAAGCUUCUGGUGAAGUCUCACGUCGUGGACAAGAGCGACACGAUCAGCGGAAUCUGCAUCAAGUACAACGUCACGGUAGAUCGACUUCUCGCGAUCAACAAGGCCACGCGCAACACGCUGUUGAUCAGGAAAACGAUCAAGAUCCCCCUCGUGGAGGGCAUGGACUCUAUCUGAUAAAGUUUCUAGUGCUGUGAAAUAAGCUCAAGAUGUAGUAACGCUGUGCGCUUCAAACUCCACUUAUAUGAUCCGUACGGUUGC